UACCGAAGCCACCAGAGACAUGGAGCCAAGAUGAAGCAGAUGAAGAUGCACCCUUGUGCCAGGGACACUGCAGUGAGAGUCAUGCCACCUGGUGUGUGGGUUCUGAGAGGUUGUCCGCGUGUACUUGCUGGACUUACUCGCUUCCUGGAUGGCUUUUGGUCUACAGAAAACAGGGUCUCAGGCAUGGAGGUGGCGGGGAAGUUUUCAGCUUCUGUUGCUGGGUUUGUUGGUGUGGGCUGGUGGAAACUUUGGACGUGCUUGUCCUGGUUUUCUCUGAAUAGAUCAUGGUCAGAUGGGGAUAGUGAGAGGAAUUCCAUACUCAAGAUGAGGUAAGAGAUGGCCCUCACACAAGUGUCGUCCAAUAAGUGCGCUGGUGGCAACCAGAAGGUUUUUGAACAUGAAAGCACUGAACUGAAAUGCAAGAUUAAGUUUGCUAUUUACCUCCCCCCCAAGGCUGAGACUGACAAAUGUCCUGUCAUGUACUGGCUCUCUGGGUUGACGUGCACUGAGCAGAACUUCAUCACCAAAGCUGGCAGUCAGCUGGCUGCAGCUGAACACGGCAUCAUCAUUGUUGCCCCGGACACCAGUCCACGUGGCUGCAACAUUGAGGGAGAAGAUGAGAGCUGGGACUUUGGCACUGGAGCUGGUUUCUAUGUCAAUGCCACCCAGGAACCCUGGAAAACUAAUUACCGCAUGUAUGCCUAUAUCACUGAGGAGCUUCCCAAGCUGAUCAACGCUAACUUCCCUGCUGACCCAGACAGGAUGUCCAUCUCCGGUCACUCUAUGGGAGGACACGGGGCGCUUAUCUGCACCCUGAAAAACCCUGGGAAAUACAAGACCGUUUCUGCUUUCGCUCCCAUCUGCAACCCCAUGCAGUGUCCCUGGGGCCAGAAAGCAUUCUCAGGCUACCUGGGCUCAGACAAGUCCAUGUGGGAGGCCUAUGAUGCAACUACAUUGGUGGCAUCCUACUCCGGCCCUCAGCUUGACAUCCUAAUUGAUCAGGGCCGUGACGACCAGUUCCUGUCAGCCAGCCAGCUCCUCCCUGACAACCUGAUCGCUGCCUGCUCUGAGAAGAAGAUCCCCGUGGUCUUCAGACUGCAGCCGGGCUACGACCACAGCUACUUCUUCAUAUACUCCUUCAUCAACGACCACAUUAAGCACCACGCCAAGUACCUGAACGCCUAAACCACCCCAAGCACUCAACCUGAUUGCCAAUAGGGAUAGGAUUCAUGUUUCACAUCAUGACAGAGAAUUUCGACAGUUUAUCUUCAUUUUCAAGCUUUGUGGCAUAAUUUUCUUUUUUCUGAAGACACUAGUGAGAUUUAAAAAAAAAAAACUUUGGUAGCGUUAACAACAAGUAGACCCAAUGUAAAACACAUUUCUUCUCUCUCUAAAGCUUUUCCCAGUGCCUUAAGACUUGAAAACACUUAUGUUUCCAGACCAGACAGCAAAACCCUAACAUCCACAAAGAUAUUAACAUUUCCUUAACGAAGAACAUAGCAUAAAAACACUACCAACACUGCAUUGUACCAGUGAAUACUGAGGAAGUCAAAGGGUAGAGCCACUGUACUUUCACAUUAGAUGUAACAAGAUGUUCCUGUGACCCCUGAGCAGACGUGUUUGUUGCGAUCAGGUUUUUGGAUUUUUGUUUUGUUAGGAAUACACUGUUCUUGGAUAAAUUAUAGUUAAUAUGAAGCAAAGCAUUAUAGAUCAGCCACUGCCAAACACUUCAGGCCCUGGUUUAGUGGAGUCUUCAUGCAUAUUUCCCCUCUGGCUGCUGCACCUUUUCUCUUAAUAAAAUUCUUGGUUAUUCA